AUGCGCUUUCUCUGUCUCCAUGGCGGCGGCACAAACCGCGAAAUCUUCGAAAUCCAAACCGGAGGUCUACGCCAACAGCUAGAAAAGCAUGGCCACCGUUUCGAAUUCAUGAAUGGCAAGAUGAGCGCCAAAGUCGAAGAGGGUAAGAUCGCUAUCUACAUCCACGACCCCGCCGACAUCAACCCCGCUAACGUACACCGCAACACAGAACUCGAGGGCGUAGUAGAUGGCCCCUUCUACAACCAUUACAGUCGAGGCGCCUAUCCAGCAUCCAGCGUUCUCGACGCAUUCGAUCACACCCAGCGCUUUAUCGCGGAACAUGGGCCCUUCGAUGCGGUGAUGGGCUUCUCACAAGGCGCUGCGCUCGCGGCUUCACUUAUAAUCCAUCACAACAGAACGCGCCCGGCUGAGCCGCCGCUGUUCCGCGCGGCGGUGUUCAUCUGCGGCGCAGCGCCGUGGGAGAGCUCCGGACAGCAGCAGAUUGAGCCGAAGCCAGAUACGUAUCCGAUUGCGAUCCCGACGGCGAAUAUCGUUGGGAAGGCGGAUCCGUUGUUCCCAGAGAGUCAGAAGCUUUAUGAGCUCUGUGAGCCUGCGAAAGCGGCGUACUAUGAUCAUGGGUCUAAGCAUAUGGUUCCUUUUGACAUGAAGAAUACCGAGGAGAUGACGAGGGCGAUUCAAGAGACUGUUGCGAAGGCGAUUAGAGGUUGA